AUGCUUGCCCAGAGCCCUACAGGUGCACUCCCGCCAACACCACACCUCACUAUUCUAAAUACAUAUCUCAAGCCAACAUUGCUGACGAGCUUGGAGAAACGGGUAAAAAAGAAGACAGUGGUGGCGAUGAAGGAGCUGAGCCAGCAAAUCCAAGAAACUAAAUGCCGGCGGGAAAGGCUGCUGAAAGACAGCAGGCAGCUACUAGAGGAAAAAUACCGUGUGCAGGCUGAAAACCAGCUUUUCAAGGAAUACCUGCGUAAAAAUAAGGAACAGUGUGAAAAGAAACAGGAGGAGCUGUGGGCGCAGUAUGUCCAAGAAUGUGGCGAGAUAGAACGAGAGAGACAAGAAUUGGCGUCCAGAUUCAACCGGAGAAAUGCAGCUCUUCAAGCCCAGCUCCUGCAGAGCAGAGAGACCCAGAAGGAUUUGAAGCAGCAGUUGCAGGCACUGAAGCCAGUUUACAAGGUAAAGGAGAAGCAGGACAUGAAAAUACAGACCUUGGAGAAGGAGCAAGAGAAAAUCCGAGGUGAGACUGCGGCCAAGGACCAGGAGGCACACUUCCGGUUCCUGCGGGAAAAGGCGCUGCUGGAGAAGGAGCUGGGAGAAUGGCGCCUGAUGGAGCUGGGGCAGAUCAACACCACAGGCCUUACGAGGAAGUACAAGGCCUUGGCGCUAGCAGCCAAGCAGGCUCAUUCUGAGUUCUGUGGCAGCCUCCACAGGGAGAACCAGCAGCUACACAAGGAGCUUCAGCAACUGAGCCAGGAGUUCCGCAGGUUGGAUGCUGUGAGGAGCCGGCUGGAAAGGCACCGGCAGCUGGUGAAGGAGCAGCAGUGGUACCUGGAAGCCUUGACCAGAGGGCGACAGCGGCUGCAGGCAGAACGCGAGCGCCAUCAUCAUAGCGGUCAUAACCCACGCCUCAAGGAACAGAGAGCUUCAAAGACCAUGCUGAGCGCCAAACCAAGAACAAGGCCAAAGUAA